AUUUUGUUUCUUUCUCUAGAAGUUUAUGGUGCAGAGUCAAAUUGAAGGCAUAUGAGGAAUAUUUUUUCACCAAAUAAUAACUCAACUUGAAAGUCUUGUUGCUUUCAUUUGUAGUUUCUUCUUUGAAUUUAAUUUUCAGUCAGUAGGAGGGGUUAGAAACCUGAGCUAUUGCUAAAGCCCUUGACAUCAGUGAAAGAAGCAGGUGCAAAUCCCCUCACAGAGAGAAACCAAAGGGUCCUGGCUAUGGAUAUUGGUCACCUAGUGAGGAUGCUGUUGUGGGUCUUUAUGAGAUGAUGAAUAGGGUGGCUUUGGAUGCAUUAAUGAUGCCCACAUGCUCCUUCUGUUAGGUGUCCUGUGCCCUGACCCUACAAGAUGCCAAGAGAAGACGCUCACUUCAUCUAUGAUUACCCCAAGAAGAGGCACGGCCACUCUUACAUCACAGCUGAAGAGGCCGCUGGGAUCGGCAUCCUGACAGUGAUCCUGGGAGUCUUACUGCUCAUUGGCUGUUGGUAUUGUAGAAGACGAAAUGGAUACAGAGCCUUGAUGGAUAAAAGUCUUCAUGUUGGCACUCAAUGCGACUUAACAAGAAGAUGCCCACAAGAAGGGUUUGAUCAUCGGGACAGCAAACUGUCUCUUCAAGAGAAAAACUGUGAACCUGUGGUUCCCAAUGCUCCACCUGCUUAUGAGAAACUCUCUGCAGAACAGUCACCACCACCUUAUUCACCUUAAGAGCCAGCGAGACACCUGAGACAUGCUGAAAUUAUUUCUCUCACACUUUUGCUUGAAUUUAAUACAGACAUCUAACGUUCUCCUUUGGAAUGGUGUAGGAAAAAUGCACGCCAUCUCUAAUAAUAAGUCAGUGUUAAAAUUUUAGUAGGUCAGCUAGCAGUACUAAUCAUGUGAGGAAAUGAUGAGAAAUAUUAAACUGGGAAAACUCCAUCAAUAAAUGUUGCAAUGCAUGACACUAUCUGUGCCAGAGGUAAUGUUAGUAAAUCCAUGGUGUUAUUUUCUGAGAGAAAGAAUUCAAGUGGGUAUUCUGAGGCCAUCCAAUUUCUCUUUACUUGAAAUUUGGCUAAUAACAAACUAGUCAGGUUUUCAUACUUGACCGGCAUGAACUGUACACAGAAUUGUUCCGUACUAUGGAAGGCUCACAAAGGAUACUUUUACAGGUUUAAGACGAAGGGCUGACUGGCCUAUUUUAUCUGAUCAAGAACACGUCAGCAGUGUCUCUUUGUGCUCUAAAAUUCUAUUAUACUACAAUAAUAUAUUGUAAAGAUCCUAUAGCUUUUUUUUUUUUUUUUUUUUUUUUUGAGAUGGAGUUUCGCUCUUGCUGCCCAGGCUGGAGUGCAAUGGCACGAUCUCGGCUCACCAUAACCUCUGCCUCCCAGGUUCAAGCAAUUCUCCUGCCUUAGCCUCCUGAGUAGCCGGGAUUACAGGCAUGCGCCACCACGCCCGACUACUUUUGUAGUUUUAGUAGAGAUGGGGUUUCUCCAUGUUGGUCAGGCUAGUCUCAAACUCCUGACCUCAGGUGAUCUGCCGGCCUCAGCCUCCCAAAGUGCUGGGAUUACAGGCGUGAGCCACCACGCCUGGCUGGAUCCUAUAUCUUAGGUAAGACAUAUAAUGCAGUCUUACAUUUCACUUCAAGGCUCAAUGCUAUGCUAACUAAUGACAAGUGUUUUCUAUUAAACCAGAAAUUGGUGGAAGGAUUUAAAUAAGUAAAAACUACUAUGUACUGCCUUAGUACUGAUGCCUGUGUACUGCCUUAAAUGUACCUAUGGCAAUUUAGCUCUCUUGGGUUCCCAAAUCCCUCUCACAAGAACGUGCAGAAGAAAUCAUAAAGGAUCAGAGAUUCUGGAAUGGUGUCAUUAUUUGCAUAGCAACAUUGCAAUUUGUUUUCCUUUGGCUACAUCAACAUAUCACCUACACUAUUAUUUAUCUAAUAUUUCUCUUCCAGGCAGCUCAUUGAAACUUUUUUUGGCUUUAAUUUCUAUUGCCAUCCUAAGUGGAAAACCAAUAUCAUUUUCCAUAGUAGAGGAUAACUAUAAAAACGAAGAAAAUGAAAGUAAUUUUUUUAACCUAGGAAAAUACUAAUGGUCACAGAAGGCUAUGAACCUGAGACCUGCCUCUCUUUGUCAAACAGAGAUUAACAAGGAUCAGAGAAAAGUUAAAGGCUGUCUUUGACAUAAUCGGAAGGCUUACAAGAGUUUUAAAGAAAUUACUUUCUCACUAUAUGAUUCAUUGUUAUUUAACGGUGAGUCAGUAAACCACCUAAAAAUCAUCUUGGGUCAUCAGGAACACUAGUGUAACAUAACUGCAUCAUUUUCUACUAAAGACAAAAUUUCACCAAAGGGGAAAAAGAAAACACAGGAUAAAGAGAUGUAUUACACACAUCGAAAAAAACAACAUUUAACAAAAUAUUAAAAUCUUUCCCCACUCUUCUGAUACUGUCAAGUCUUACUACUUAAAAUAAGGCUUCCACCUCUCCUACUUCAAACAAAUAAAUAAAUUCUAAACCAAGGAAACUUCAUCAGGCAUUUGGGUACCUCCUCCCCUCAUCACGAGGUCUCGCUGAACCUCAAUCCUGUACACUGAGGAAACUGUGGCUUGAACAGUACAUCCCUCCAAAACCCCCAGACUGUCACUCACUGAGGUUGCUCUCAUUUCUCUGUGGAAAAGGCUCUCCUCACAGAGUUCCUCAGACAGUGUCCCAGGUGAUGGACACAGAGACUUGGGCUGAGUCUGCCAGAAAGAAAUUAGAAAAGUGAGAUAUUUUUGAAAGGAACAGAAAGUGCCAGAUUCAGAAAGAUUUACUCCCCGCUUCACAGAGGCACCCACACCUCUGAAGAUGACUCCUUGGAUUAGAAACCAAUUGCAGGGCAACCCUGGGAGCCAUGUGUUAAGGAUGGAAGGUCACAUGAUGCAAGGAGCCUGGGUCAUUACAUCACACUGAGAGCUCCUUAUAUAUUCCGGUUAUUAAUCCCUUGUCAGAUGGGUAGUUUGCUGCUAUUUUCUCCUAUUCGUGGGUUGUCUCUUUACUUUGUUGAUUGUUUCCUUUGCUGUGCAGAAGCUUCUUAACUUGAUGUGAUCUUAUUUGUCCAUUUUGGCUUUGGAUGCCUGUGCUAUGUAGGCUAUUACCCAAGAAAUCUUUGCUCACUCCAAUGUCCUGGAGAGUUUCUCCAAUGCUUUCUUUUAGCAGUUUCAUAAUUUAAGGUCUUAGAUUUAAGUCUUUAAUCCAUUUUUACUUGAUUUUUGUAUAUGGCAAGGGAUACGGGUCUUGUUUCAUUCUUCUGCAUACAGUUAUCCAGUUUUUCCAGCACCAUUUUUUGAAGAGACUGUCCUUUUCCCAACGUAUGUUCUUGGCACCUUUGUUGAAAAUGAGCUCACUGUAAUAUAUGGAUUUGUUUCUGAGUUCUCUAUUGUGUUUCAUUGGUCUAUGUGUCUUUUUCUUUUUUUUUUUAAUGCCAUUACCAAGAUGUUUUGGUUACUAUAACUUUGUAGUAUAAUUUGAAGUCACAUAAUGUGAUCCUUCCAGUUUUGUUCUUUUUGCUUAGGUCUUUUUGAGAUUGUCUCUCUCUGUUGCCCAGGCAGAGUGCAGCAGCACAUUCUCAGCUCACUGCAACCUCCACCUCCCAGGUUCAAGCUCUUCUUGUGCCUCAGCCUCCCGAGUAACUGGGAUUACAGGUGUGUGCCCCCAUGCCCAGCUAAUUUUUGUAUUUUUAGUAGAGAUGGGGUUUCACUAUGUUGGCCAGGCUGGUCUUGAACUCCUGACCUCAAGUGAUCUGCCUACCUCAGCCUCCCAAAGUGCUGGGAUUACAGGCAUGGACCACCACGCCCAGCCUCUAGGUCUUUUGUGGGCUAUUCUCUUUGGCUUUUCUGGGUCUUUGUGAUUCUAUAUAAAUUUUAGGAUUAUUUUUCUAUUUCUAUGAAGAAUGUCAUUGUUACUUUGAUAGGGAUUGCACUGAAUCUGCAGAUUGCUUUGGGUAGCAUGGACGUUUUAACAAUAAUUGAGUCUUUCAAUCUGUAAACAUUGAAUAUCUUUGUUUUUCUGUGUUCUCUUUGAUUUCUUUCUUCAAUGUUUUAGUUUUCAUUUUAGAGAUCUUUCACUUCUUAAUUCCUAGAUAUUUUAUUUGCACCUAUUGUAAAUGGGAUUACUUUCUUGAUUUCUUUUUCAAGUUGUUCCCUGUUGGCAUACAGAAAUGAUACUGAUCUUUUUAUGUUGAUUUUGUACCCUGCAACUUUACUGAAUUUAUCAGUUUGAAUAGUUUUUUGGUGGAGUCUUUAGGUUUUUCCAAAUAUAACAUCAUAUAAUCAGCAAACAAGAAUAAUUUGGCCUUCUUUCUUCCUAAUUUGAAUGCCCUGUCUCUUGUCUGAUUGAUUUAGCUAGGACUUCUAUUAUGUCACCACUGAAGGUGACUCUAAUCCAUCUAAGAACACUUGGAUUAUGUGGGGGGGGGGGGGGGGAGGUCGAAAACUGGCCUUGAAGAAAAUUCAUGAAAUAUUAAGACAUUGCCCUUCUGAUAUUGACAUCCAGGGCUGUUACUUUAUAUAUUUGUUGAGACCCUUCAGUGUUCUCUAACAGCCUGGACUGACUUAACACAAAUGAGUAGAGGAGCCUUCAGGAAAGGGAGAUCCCUGUGACCUUUGUAGAUAGAUAGGAUGAGGCUUCCCUGCUGCUGAAGGAAACCUGAACUCAGGAAAAUGAGCCUCACCCAUAAGCAUGGGCACAGGAGUCCUCUACUGCAGCGUGCCGUUCCUUUUUGCCCUGACAUACCUGUGGGCUGAGAAUGGGUAAUAGCAUGGCACUGCUUUGAUCCCCUAAGCUUCCUGCAGGCCAGGGUAGGGACUAGAGUGACCAGAGCUCGUGGCUGGUCUCCUCCGGCUGCAAUAAGCAUUUUCCACUUGCCCAUAUUCACCGUACAAAUAAUAGUAUUUUUAUUUGCGUGGUGAGCAAAGUUAGAGAGCACUGUUUUAUAGAACCUGGGGUUCCCCUUCCUGUCCAGCCCUCAGUGGUGGUGACUGAUGCUUAAGACAAGGCUCAAGUCUCUAUGCAUUUCCCUGCGAGAUUCUGAUAUGGUCUCUCUGAUUGUUUUUAUAGUAAAGAGCAGGCAUACUUUGAGGGAAAAAGAGCUAGCCAAAGGAUUUUCUGCCCAGGUUAAAGUCAGUGAAAAUUUACACGGAUUAUACAAAUUAAUGAAGCCUUCAAGUUAUCUCCACUGGAGACCAGUCCUCUGAAGUUACAAAUGUUAAGUUUAGCAUUUAGUAAAUAUCUGGACAGGUUUACUUGUCACUUGAGAAUAUCGUAGACCUUCUCAAAAAAAGAACAGAAGGGAGUCUCUAAACUUUCAUUUCAUGGUUCAACAGUUACUUGAUGGUGCAUCAAAAUCCGUCAAUCUCAAGUAACCGGUGCCAAAAACAUCUUUAAAGUAUUUCAAAAGAACUUUCAGAAGGAAAUAAUGGGUCGUUUGGAUGAAAACACUCAUUUUUAGGAAAAUCUAAAAGCGCUAUCCCAAGAAGCUGUGAAAUGGAAUAAAAAGUGUGAGAAAUGGAGAAAAAAAAUGCCUGACAACUUGAAAACAUAAAGAGAGCCCUUUAAAAUCUCUUAAAUCAUAUGGAAGGUGAUACACUUGCUGUCUCCUUUAGCAAAAAUUACAUGGAUGAUGGCAACUUGAAAUCAGACAAACACAAAUCAGAAAAUUGAGAACUUCUAGGUAAAUCAAAAAGCAAUUUGAAGAAAUACAUUGACGCUGUUAAAUGUUUCCUUAAAAAGGCUUGAAGGAGAAGAACAAGGACUAUUAAAAAGAAAAUCAAAUAAAUCACUUACAGUUCAAAGAAAUGGUCUCCCACCUGAAUAAGCAUCUUUGUAGUCUAAAAAUGUAGCUCAUACGAAAACAUCAGCUGUGUAACAUCAGAAGCAUGACGCCUACAGGAAGAUGGCCUCCAGAAAGUCUUGGAAAGAAGCACUUUCUACUAUCAAAACUUGAUCAUUUCCCAUGAGAAAAAAUGCUCAAGAAAGUUAGAUGGCAGCUUGGCACACUUAAGAGAAAGCUCACUGAACUAAGAAAAGGAAAAUGAUCACAACAAAGUUGACUAAAGCAGUUUAAAUUUCAGGUUUUCCCAAGUGGUUCCUGCUGUUCCAUGUGCAGGGGAUCCCAUGCAUCAUCAUGUCUGCAAGGAAGGUUAAAACUGUAAGGGCUUACACAUUUGGGUCACUAGGUUUGAUUCAGCUUUACAACAAACAACUCCUAAAUAUAUACUGGAGGACACCUGACCGUGUUUUCUUUACUUAAUAAUUUAAUCUCUUUUUAUUGUUUUUUCUUAGUUGAUGCUACAUUUGCUUAAAUUCAAGUUUGAAAGAAUUUUUUUUUUUUUUUUUUUUUGAGACAGAGUCUCGUUCUGUCGCCCAGGCUGGAGUGCAGUGGUGCAAUGUCGGCUCACUGCAAGCUUCGCCUCCCGGCUUCACGCCAUUCGCCUGCCUCAGCCUCCCGAGUAGCUGGGACUACAGGCGCCCACCACCACGCCUGGCUAAUCUUUUGUAUUUUUAGUAGAGACGGGGUUUCACCGCAUUAGCCAGGAUGGUCUCAAUCUCCUGACCUCGUGAUCCACCUGCCUCGGCCUCCCAAAGUGCUGGGAUUACAGGUGUGAGACACCGCGCCCGGCCAAAUCUGGAUGGUUUUAAUAAAAUUCUUGACUAUUAGACCAUUCCAUGAGACUCCCAGAAUUAGAUCCAUUUAAGUACUAUAUUUAGGCUGAAUUAAAUGGUUCACUAUUAUGUAAACCAUAAGUGAAUUUUGUACGAUCAUGGAGAGACACAAAUCAAUAAAGGCCAUUUAUAUAUGCUA